AUGUCAAUAGAUCGUCAUCGAAGUUGUUCUCCUGUAGAUCUUUGGUAUCUGUCAUUGAUAACUCCUUUGUCAUCUCCCAUUGGUCAACAAAUUUUUGCACGGUCAUUUCAUUGCGCUUUCGAUCGUCUUCAUCCUUAUUUUGAAGCUCAAGAACGAAAUUACUUUUGUGGUGUUGCAUGUGCAUCAAUUCUAUUGAAUGCCCUUUCAUCUUCUCCUAAAUGGACUCAAUCGACACUCUAUUCGACAGUUGCACAAACUUAUAUGUUGCAUGGAAUCACAUUAACUAAUUUAUCAAAUGUUCUUAGGAAAUGUGGAUUAUCAUCGAUUAUUCGACAUUGUGAAGAUGAAACAAUUGAAGAACAAUUUCGACGCGAUAUUAAAAACGAGCAAAACUUUCUUAUUGUUAACUAUUGGAGACAAUUUGAAGGAAAUGAUAAAAAUUAUCCUUUACGAUAUGGUCAUUUUAGUUUAGUAGCUGCAUUUGAUGAAAUAACAGAUCAAGUUCUUCUCCUAGAUACGAGUAAUGCAAAACAUCCUCAACAUUGGUUAGGAGUAAAACAAUUAAUUAGAAUGAUGUCUACAUUUGAUAGAACAGCAACAAUGUCAAGAGGUUAUCUUAUUGUUAAUCAUACAAAAAAUAAUCAAACAAAUGAUUUGAAUUCAAAUUCUACAUCGAUUAAAUAA